CAAAGACACUUAAGUAUCAGGCACUGGUAGCUCAUCUUUGGUUGGCUGGCCCUUUUUCCUGCUAUAUUUGACAUUCAGAAAGUCCAGUAAAAGUCCAACUCUAGCAAGAUGGGAUCUGGCUCCUCAACUUACCGGCCCAAGUGUAUUUAUUUGGAUAUUGAUGGAAGAAUUCAAAAGGUGGUCUUCAGUAAGUAUUGCAAUUCCAAAGAUAUUAUGGAUCUCUUCUGCAUUGCCACUGGGUUACCAAGGAACACAACAAUCUCACUUUUGACAUUGGAUAACUGCAUGGUGUCCAUUGAUCCAACAAUGCCAGCAAACUCAGAGAGUAAUCCAUACAAAGUGAUACCUGUGACCACUGGGCAUCUAUCAGAGAAAGAGGAAUUAUUCCAGAGUUUAUUGACACAGAUUGCUGAACAGUUCUCGAGGGUAUUUAAAAUCAAUGAACUGAAAACUGAAGUAGCUAAUCACUUGGCAAUGCUGGAGAAAAAAGUUGAACUGGAAGGGCUAAAAGUAGUAGAGAUUGAGAAAUGCAAGAGUGACAUUAAAAAAAUGAGGGAGGAAAUGGCAGCAAGAAACACCAGGAUCAACUGUCGAUGUAAGUACAGCUUUUUGGAUGAAAAUAAAAAGCUGACACCCCGACGGGAUGUACCAUCCUACCCAAAGUAUAUGCUUUCUCAAGAGACCAUAGAAGCACUUCGGAAACCAACAUUUGACGUCUGGCUAUGGGAGCCCAAUGAGAUGUUGAGUUGUUUGGAACAUAUGUACCAUGACCUGGGAUUGGUGAAAGACUUUAACAUCAACCCCAUCACCUUGAAGAGGUGGCUGCUGUGCAUUCAUGACAAUUACAGAAACAACCCAUUCCAUAAUUUCCGGCACUGCUUCUGUGUGACCCAGAUGAUGUACAGCAUGAUCUCGCUCUGCAGUCUCCAGGAGAAAUUUUCCCAACUUGAUAUCUUAAUUCUGAUGACGGCAGCAGUGUGCCAUGAUCUGGAUCAUCCGGGUUACAACAAUACCUACCAGAUUAAUGCCCGAACAGAACUGGCAGUACGCUACAAUGACAUCUCCCCACUGGAGAACCAUCACUGUGCAGUAGCUUUCCAGAUCAUUGCCCAGCCAGAGUGCAAUAUUUUCUCCAGUGUCGACCAAGAACAAUUUAAGCGGAUACGACAGGGGAUAAUUACACUAAUCCUGGCAACGGACAUGGCAAGACAUGCAGAAAUACUAGACUCCUUCAAGGAAAAAAUGGAGAAGUUUGAUUACUCAAAUGAGGAACACGUGACCUGUUUGAAAAUGGUGCUUAUAAAAUGCUGCGAUAUCUCCAAUGAAGUACGCCCAAUGGAAGUAGCAGAACCCUGGGUAGACUGCUUAUUAGAGGAAUAUUUUAUGCAGAGUGACCGAGAAAAAUCAGAGGGACUUCCAGUGGCACCUUUCAUGGACCGAGAUAAAGUGACCAAGCCAACAGCACAGAUCGGGUUCCUUAAGUUUGUUCUUAUUCCAAUGUUUGAAAUAGUAACAAAGCUUUUUCCAGAAGUUGAAGAAGUGAUGCUCCAACCUCUUUGGGAAUCCAGAGACCGCUAUGAGGAAUUAAAACAAAUAGAUGAUGCUAUGAAAGAGAUGCAGAAGAAGAAGAGUGGAAGUAUGACAGCUGGAAGCACAGAGAAGUGAAAGGAAAAGUAUUCUGAGCACAAUAUAUGUCACAAGGUGAUUUUGGUUUUAAAACACUAUUUAAAAAGAAGACACAAUCCAUCAAAUAUACCAUGUACAUAAUGGGUUGCAACUCCAUUGACUUCAGCAGACCAACUUCUCCUUGUGCCCAAGGAAAAUAAGACUCAAGAUCCUUAGGAGCAAGAUGAAGUUUGAUUAAUCAUCCUUUUUGGGAAAAACAUUCACAGAAGACCAAACCCUGUCAUUCAUAUUAAUGCAGUACAUGUGUGCAGAUGGCAAUCUGAGCACUAUAGCUUACUCUAACAAGUCCUUGUCUCCUAAAAGAAGAGGGGCAGUGGCUAUGGCAACAAAAUCUUUGUUUGCCUAAUGAUGUUCCAGAGAUUAGAACCAACCAUUAUAUGUAUCUAUAUCAUCCUCUGAAUUUUAUGGUGUUUACUUUAGAUUUAGAACCUAAUUUAAUUGAUCUGAAUUUUCCUUUCUGUGCCAGAACUGUGCAGCUAAGCAUCAUGGAACAUCAGUAUAUGGCAACGAUGACAGAAAAACUGAGGCCACCACAAGAGCAUAUUUUUAUCCUCAUGGAUGCAAAACAAUGAACUUCUGGAGAUGUACAGAAUUUUUAUUUUUAAAUGUAUCUUCUAAAUAAUAUAUUCUUAUACAGAAAUGA